AUCACCCAUACCUAAACAUUUCGUUGACUUCAGGAACUUAUCCUCUGUGGGGAGCCAAUAACGUUAUAACAUCCGUUGCAGUAGUUUUUGCAAGCAAGUGGGGCGAAGCAAGUUGAGUCGACACCGAGCUUUAGAGUAGCUUCUAGACAAGCAUGGAUUUGAAACGUCCACGCCGUGGAGAAACUGAUGAGGAGCUUCUCCGAAUGCAAGAGGCUUUCCUGCAAAGCAAAGAGAAACCAUCAGCAGCUGUGUACAGGGUUCAACGUCCUAAAGAAGAGCGUACCGCAUCACCAGCUCGACUAAAGAAGAAGACCAAGAUGAAAUUGGAAAGCACCACCCAUGACAAAGUAGUAUUUGAGGAAACUUUUCCAGCUUUCUUACUUGGUGAUAUUGUGGAACAUGAUGUUUGUGCAGCGCCACAGUUUCCCACUGUCACAGAUGUUCCUUUUCCCAAGGCUCAGCGACGCAACGUUCAUAACCUUCCAUCCAAGUCAUCAAAGAGCAUCUUUGCUAUGCAAAUGGAGAGCAGAAAAGAGGUGGAGAAGUGCUCCAUGUCAACAUUCAAAAGUGGGGAAACAUCCAAAAUGGGGCAUGUGGGGACAAGAAAGGGAGAUCUUCGUGACGACGAAUACAAGAGGCUUCAGGAGGAGAACCAGACCAGGCUGGAGUCGAUGUCACACGAAGAAAAAAUGGAGGCUCAGAAACAGUUGCUGCAGCAGUUAGAUCCCGCAUUGGUGUCCUUCUUGAGAUCCCGACAAAAAGCUGCGGAACAAGGUGUGCCAGGUAGUGGCAACAAGGAUGAAACAGGAUCAGAGGGCUAUGAGGCUCAAGCAGGCACUGAAGAGAGCAAGAGCACUGCUGCAUACACCGCAGUCCCUGAAUGCAUCGAAGAAGCCCCAACUGCACCCCUAGAACUUAAUGAUGCAGAGUUACCUAUCGAUCCAUUAGAAGCUCGCCAGUGGGUGCACAUGGAUGUUGUGGAGAAAGAUAAACUUGCUUGGAUGACACUCCUGCCACAGCCUCGGCCGCCAGAUACCAAGAUACCACACCUUGGGCGCUUCGAUUUUGAAGGAAACUUGGUACCUCCUGAUGCAGACAUCCCAACACAGAGAGGGCUUCACCACCAUGGACAACAACCUGAGCAUGCAGGAUAUACAGUUGUAGAACUGUUCACCUUUCUCAGAAGUUCUGUCCAGUCCCAACGUAUAGUUGCCCUUCAAACGUUGGAAAAGAUGCUGCAAAAGCACUGGUUGGGAAUCUACGACGAGUGUCUGACACAGCCUCUCUUACCUCAACUGGUGGACGGUGGUGCACUGCCAUUGUUACGUAGCUCCCUCGAUGAUAAAUCUGAAACAACAGUGUCAGCUGCAGUCCGCGCUCUUCGAGCAUUUCUUGUGUCGUCUCCAGACGAGGUUUGUCUCGAUCGAAGUUUUGUGUGGCACGGAGGUCAUGUGGCUCCAUUUAUACAGCCAGGAGAAAUUGCAGCUCCAUUGAAAGAAAUUCCUGACGAUGACUUAGCGAAGAUGGAUGCCGUACAGGGACUGCUAAGGAUGGAUGUUCUUCUGAGGCUACGCUAUGUGCUAGAAGUGCUUCGUCCUGAUGCUGCUGCUGUUGUCGCUGCCCUUGAGGUCCAAAUUCGUAUUGCUCGGCACUCUCUAGAGGCUGCUACGAAGGUGUAUGAAUGCCCUCGGUUGAUGAGCACAAUAUUUGAGGAAUUUCUUCCACCACGUUGGGGCUGUGCAAUGUUUGCCCAGGGAAAGAUGGCUAAGGCACAUGGGAUGCCCUUGUGGAUCGCCCUAAAGCUUGUCCGUAUUGUAGCUUCUGCAGGAAGGCAUUUGGCAGCAAGGAUGAUCCAAGACUACCCACUUCUAGAAUCAUUGCAGCAGUAUAUAGCAAUUGACACAAGUGAUGGUAAAAUCCCUUUGGAAGAUUGCCUUCAUCUUGCUAUCGAAAGCUUGCGGACGUGGAAGGUCUUCCUGUCUUACGGUCUCGGCACACAGAUAUUCACGAGCAUGUUUCCAGUCAUAAUGAGGCAACUUCAGUACUGCUGCACACUGAGUGUGAUCGGCACAGGUGUUGCAAAGCAUACCUUUGAUUACGAAUACGGUGCAUGUCUGCUCAGCUGUCUGCGAAGCAUUGUGCAUUUUGCUGCCCUCUCAUCUAGUAGACCACUGGAGUGCGAAGUAGCUACCUGGAAUCAAGUGAAGGGGUUAACAGGUGUGGUGGAGACAUGCUUCUUCCAUUGGGUUUCAGAGAUAUCCCACGAUGAGACAAAUUGGGCAGGGCUUGCACUGCUAGGAUCUGCUAUGGACUUCCUUGCAGACUACUAUAAGAGGCAUUCAGAAGAGACAGAUAUGGAUCCUGUUCCUUUGUUGGGACAAAUCGAAACGGUCUGCAACAGGGGACUGUGCCCAUUGCUUCAGUCACAUAAGUUUCAGAAACUGACAGAACGUCUUCGGCAGAGCUCGAGCUUACUGUGCUCUCGCAAACUGGGCAGUGAACGUGACUCUCCCAGCCUUCCCUCAUUAGGGGCUGUUUUGUGGACAGGUGGAGCCACACCUGCGGUUUGUGAAGAAUCUCCAUUUCACCUAUUGACCUCGCUGACACACCUUAUGGUCACAUGUGUUUCACUCCACCGUGGCAUGGGACAGGUUUGUCAGUUGCUGCUCUGCCAUUCCAACAUGAAGGCUUACUUGCAAGAUUUUCUUCAGUCAACCAAAUUAAACUACCUGCAUUGGUUUUCUAAUCUUGAGGCAACUUUUGUCUGUAGCCUUGUGAGGAUUUCAGCAUUGGAGAUACCGUCUGGCCUUACCACUCUUUAUCAUGAAGUGUCUUUGGCCUUACUGUGUGUACUGACACCAGGAAAGGAAGAUAAUUUGAUCUCGCUUCUUCAGAAUGUUGUCUUUCACCCUGAUCUUCUGAGCGAUGGUGAAGGGCAGCUGCAUACAGCUCUUGCGAGCAUGGACCUUAGAAGUGGUCCGGUUUGGCAGAGUGCCUCAGGUGAUGCUCUCAAUUUAGCACCGGCAGAACUCCUCUCACUUGCACAGAAAAGCCUCCCAAGAAUAAAAGAAACAUACGUUGACGAAAUGCGGCAAAAGUUUGGUAGUCAAGUAUCAGCAUCAAGGAUGCGAAAUGAAGAAGCUGUCUUUUCUGUCGAUUGUCUUUCCAUCCGAGUGGCAAGCCAGGCACUUCUUCAUUCAGACUGGAUGUACCUUCCUAUCGAGCACUUCUAUCAAGAACAUAAGACAAACCCUUCAGAUGCUGAUACUGAUUUCAAGACAUCUACUGUUCAAAACAGCCUCUGUUGGACACACUUCCUGUUCGUACACCGAAAAUCAGUCACCAGCCUUGUGCCUUCUGUCAUCCACUACUGCCACCUGGCAUCUACAUUUCUUACAGGAAGUGGCCUGUUCCUAGACCUAGGAGUGCAACGCCACCUUUUGGCGACCCUUCGCCUGUUGCUCUCAUGGCAUGUGAGCUUUGACUUCAACUACAAGGACUGGCCCGGCCUACCUUGCUUUGUUGACUUUUACACAGAGCUCGUGGAACACUACGCUGGAGUGUCGUACGGUGACAAACUCUUCAGCAACUUCGUGCUGAUACCCGUACAGGCACGCUACGACGCUUACUUUCGGAAGUUCUUCUUUGCUGAGAACCUCGAAGCCGUCCGCAUCACGUCACUGAAUUUACACGAGUUAUUGCUUCCCGUGAAAAACUUCUUGGAUCCCCCGGAGAGUGAUGAAAGCAUGCUGUCGAUAUAUUUCAGAUGCAUACGGUCAGGUCAGGUGGAUCCCAAGCGUACUCCUCUGCUGCACAGUAUCGCAGUUCAUCAUGUCUCCAGCUACAUCCAUAGCCAGCACAGUAGUACACUCAAGUGUGACAUAUUGAAGCAGCUGUCUACACAAAGAGACAAGGAUUGGGCCAUGCAGGUGUUGGACUACAGAUAAUACCAGUCCUGAAGUCCUCCUGGUAGGCAGUGUCCUGUGUUAAUAUGACUGUAUAGGGAGUUUUCUUUGCUGAAAGAAUAAGUUCCGUUGUGAAUUGUUCCGAGAAUAUGGUAAGAAGUGUUGGAAUGCUUAUCAGCAGUGGGUAAGACUCCAUACUGUACAAAGAGAGCUACUAGAAUCAUGCAACAGCCAAAACAAAUGUGUGUUGUGCUUUAUGCAGAAAUGGCGUUCCAUGCUUCCAGAUACCGUAGCACAAAAUAUUACUGUGGCAUAUUGCAUCGUACAUGGCUGCAUUUCUUGUAUGUACUAGGUUAUAGUACAGUAGAACCACUUUAUAGUGAAGUGGGUCGGACCGCUGAAAAAAUUCACUAUAUCAGUAUCUUUACUGCAUCAGCCAUUAAAAACUCGAGUUUCAACACAUUGGGACCACAGGAUUACUUCACUAUAUCCAUAUCUUCACUACAUGCAGGUUCACUACACAGAGGUUCUACUGUAAUAUGCCUUUGUAGUGCAAUGUGGAGAACUAAAAUGGUGAACAAGUGAAUCAUGUGGGUGAAGAUUCGCUCGUUUUGAUGGUUUCCUGAUGAAGGUUUUAGACUGUUUGUUGGUCACUGCACCUGCUAAAUUGUUGUGAUGGCCUAGAACUCUGCACAUCACCAUAAAAAAGAACGCACAAAAGUA